AUGGAGAAUGCCGACGAACCCGUCCCGGACGAUCACUGUGCCCCCGGGGUCGAGGGCACCCGAAGGGGCAGGACGGAGAGCGAAAGCACGGUGAAGAAGGUCAAAACGAGCAUUUCCAUCCGCCACUGGGAAACUGAGCUGCGGGAAGUGGCCGAACAGUUCGACGAGGACGGCUCCCAGACACUUAGCUCCGCAGAGCUGAAGGCCGCCUUGCGCCAGUACAUGGAGCUCAAGAAGAGCGCCGCGCAAGGGAUGAUCGACUACACCAACCUCCCGCCGGAGGUGGCCACUGCACUCAAGGAGUUUGACCACGCGCAGGAUGGCAAGGUCACGUCUGUCGAGCUGGUGCGGGCUGCAGCAGAGUCCCGUCAGAUCCGGAGCCAGAAUGCAUUCUUCCGCAAGGCUCUGAUCACCCUGUUGUUUGCUGUGGUGAUCUUGCUCAUCGGCGUCUUUGCAUUGACCUUCGUGGCCAUUGACCUUUCAAAGGAGACCCGAAGCUUGGAGAAUGGGGUCCUCACGGCUGCCUCCAAUGGGCAACGAACCCUGGUUGAUUCGGCCUCCUUUGAGGUUUUACCCGAUGGCCGUAUGGUCGUGCGUGAUUUGGACCAGGACGGCCGUCGCUUGCAGAAUGGAUCUGCUGAAGCGGCAUCGUCGGGCGAGGAUGUUUUGAUCACCGGUGCUGCUCCAGCCAAGGCUCGCGCCCUGACUUCAGUGGUUCCUGACCAGUAUCUUUCCGAGAUGAAGAAGGUCAGGCUCGAACUCGGCGCCGAUGGAGCCACCUUGGAGCUCGACGUGCUGCACUACGUGCGAAAGCUCGAUGCUGGGAGCCAGUGUGGGAGCGUGGUCCACUUGCAGACUGAGUGGGGUGUUCUCAUUCUGGAUGACACCGACAUCUACCUGGACCUCAGCUUGAAGAGGAAAGCUGAAGAGGAACUGGACAUGAGCCUGGAAGGCCUGGAGGGUGACUUCUCCGCCUCCAGCUUCCGGCGCCUCUCGGCGGGUUCGAGCAUCGUCGGCUUGUUCAACUUCAUCAUGGACUACGAGUGGUCGUGCGACAGCACAGCAAAGCCGCUUGAACAGCUUCAGCCCCCCUACAGCUUCACCAUUCGGACAUUGGUCUGGUGCGGAUCCUACUGCAACUCCGAGUUUAUCAGCGGCUCGUCCCUGCCGGGCUUUGCCACAGACCUUGCCACGAGUGAGUACGAGUACGUGGCACAGACCGAGCGAGUGAUAGCCUCCGACACAGAGAUGGUCUCCAUACAGCAAUGGCCUAACUUGCCUGGUGUCGAGAUUUCCAAACAUGUGAACAUCCAGACCGGGCUCGCGCAGGUUGUGAAAACCUUCACGUCAAAGAUGCUGAGUUGCAGCAGCGAGGUGGCUCAGGCGCGUGCAGUCCUUGCUUUUGAUUUUCACGGAGUCCUUGACCGUGAUAUUCGUCAGAGCACAAAUUGGCGCGACGAUUGCCCAGAGUAUCCGGACCGCAACAUUCGCUUUUUGCAGAGGUUGAGUCAGAUUACGGAGAGCAGGCAGAUAUUGGUGGUGGUGCUUUCUUAUUGCCGUCAUUCUGACACAGUAGCUCAAGUUCUCGGCACGAGUUGCAACAGCACUGAUCGGCUCAUCCGUGAAGCAGGAGUUUCAGUCCUCUCGCUACUUUUUAUCACCCGCAAGCCCACGGGUGAAUCAGGAAAGCGGGCGCUGCUGGAGAAGGUCUUUGAUAUUGCUCGUUGUCCCAUUGCCAUUGUUGACGACAGUGCAGAAGUUGUGGACGAGUGUGCCGGAGCAUCAUUCAUCACUCCGUUCCACAUUUCUUUGGCUAAGCGCGGAACGCGAGUUUAUCCUCGAUCUACGGUGCCCAGUUUUUCUGGUCUGAUUGAAGCAGAAGAGUCGCUUUGCAACUGGUGUAUCAACUCUGUUCCGAAUUCCGAGGUGGUGUUGGUUCGGAUAGUGGUUCGGUUGCUAGUAGUUCAGCAGUUGAGGCUAGAGCGUGUUGAGAAUGAGGCUAGAGGUUUGGUUGAAUCCACCGUUGAGCAAAUGCGUGAGCAGUUGCAACAGUACGAACAUCGCUAUGAUGAGAUCCUUCAACAGGGUCGAAUCUUGGAAGAACAGCUCUCUGUAGCUAAGGCCGAGCUAAGCAAGGCCGAAGCAGAACUUCAGGUCGCUCGUGCAGGGUACCAAGAGCUUGAAGCCGCCCUAACCAGCUGCCGGGGUGACAACAACUUGCUGAACUCCCAAAACACCCAGCUACGUGUCGAGUUGCAAGUCAAAGACCGCGAGAUUCAGAGACUUCGCCAGGCUGCUGCAAGCGCCACGAGUCCUGGGUCUUCGCCUCCAACGUCUGAUAGUAGUGGUGCACCUUCAUUGCCGCAAGUUGUCAAUGAGUCAGCCCCUUGCCCUCCUGCGACCGUCCCUCCUGCGACCGUUACCGAUCCUCGUGUUGAUCAGUUGAUUGAUGUCGUACAGCAACUGCUUGCCCAAAGAAAUGGCACGGAUCCAGGAUGCAAUGAUGCAUCUCCUGUUCAUGAGAUCGAAGAGCCUGAAAGGCAAGAGAAGCACAUUGUUGACAGCCGAGCUUUGUUACAUCUCAAGCUUGAGCCGGUUCCUUCCGACGCUGCUGGUUUCCGAGCCUGGAAAAACUCGUUGUUGGUCCAGAUUGCCAAGCUUGACAUGUCAGGCGAAGGUUUGGUUGUUGCAUGGUUGUCUCGGUCUUUCACAGCUGAAAAAGAAGAGCUUACUGAAUCAGGUCUUCUUCCUCGCCUUGAUGCUUGGAUUGCUGGAGAGAUGACUUCCAUGCGUGUGUUGAAGCAAGUGACUGAGUUGGCGCAAGAAGUUAUCGCCUACGUUGAGUUGUGUGGCCAGACAGGGUCCCAGCCGAAAGGUCGAUACAUGCUUGCUCUUCUUGCUCGUCAUUUCAGCAUUGACCGCGUUCGAGGCACUGUGCUGACUGCUUCAACGUUGUUCCAGGUCGAAAUUGGAGGAAACUCCAUUCGAGAUCUCCGGGAUUUUGUGCAGCGCGUUCGGACUGUUCUGUAUUCAAUCCCAAUAGGACAGAGGCCGGAUGAUCGCCUCACUGGCGAAUGGCUCUUCCACCGUGUGAAGCACAUUAGGAAGCUAGAACGUGUCAUUGAUGACAUCAGAGAAUCUGCGCCAGAAUCCCGUCGUCGUGAGUGGAGUUACCUAUGGAACAAGAUACAAGACGUCAUCGUUCAAGAACGAGAAGACACCAAUGCUCAGUCGGUAAUCAAGUCCCUGCAGAUUGCAGCUCCGCAGGCAAAGGAUGGCAUCUGGUUGCAUGCACGGAGAGGAGCCGUUGCGAAGGCAGUCGUGGCAAUGAUUGCCGCCUCAAGCGUGUGCAACAUCCCUGGAAGCAACGCCUUCAGCGUUGGGUGGGCUGCGGAUACAGCUGCUGGUCGGCAUCUUGGAUCGGCACGGGCGUUGGCAGACCGGGGAAUUCCGUCGGAGUCAUACAGGUCGUUUCUUGCGCGCUCAGCGAGCCUUGUUACGUUCCACGCAGGCGGUGGACCUCAGCCCGGUUCGCAGAGCUUGGGAUUUGCGUCCGACAAUAUGCCUCUCGCCAUUCACUACAUGUUGGACAACUGCCCAGUUGUUCGAAGCACUGGCUUGGAUGUUGAAUCUGGGAAGGCCUUCAUAUGGUUACCUGGUUCCCUUCCAUUCUUCGCGCAUGACUUGUCUAAGCUUCGGGUCGACUGCGCCGAAGAAGCCAAGCUUUAUGCCAAGCGCACAGAUGAGCGUGUGCCGAUCUUCACCAGCAAAUGUCAGUUUGUCCAUGGUCUUGCUGCAUCAGCUGAUUUUCUUGACGAGUCGGGUGAGGAAUGCCAAGAGCCUUCGCGUCCCGUUGCCCAUGAUCCAGCUGAAGAGUAUGCCAAAGACCUCCUAACAAAGCGUGGUGAUAUUCAGCCCAAUCAAGUUCGUAAGAUCUUUGGACUUAUGAAACGUGGUUCCGCAUCCCGAGGGAUUGAGCCGAGCGAUGACUCGUCCUUUGCAGUAGGUUGCUUCUGUCGAGGUGGUGUGGUCGGUCUACUGAAGUCCAAGAAAGGGGUCAUCCGGUUUUCCGCCAAAGAUCGACUUCGUGCCACGAAGCCUUGGACUGGUGAUCGACUUGUGAUGGUCUUGUGUGCGGCAAAAGAUCCUGCUUCUCUCGAGCAUGAUGUUUUGGAUGCUCUCAUAGGAGUUGGGUUUCUACUGGACAAUCUUCCGCUGGUUGAUGUCAUUCCCGCAGAAGUUGAUUCGUCCGAGAUACCUUCCUCUUCGUCAGGGGGGUUACCCAAAGAACAUCUUAUCGAAGCAAGCCCUGAUGGUCCUGCUGCGUCUGCGCUUCCUGAAGGGGACAAGCCUCUAGAUUUGAGUCCACCUGGAUUCCCCGUUGUGGAUGAUGCACAUGUCAGUGAUCGAGUUCGCAAACUGAGAGAUGAAGCUGUAAGUGUGAAGCAUCGCUUCUUCCACUUCCCAAAGAACCCGGUCUGUGAUGUGUGCAAUCAAUCCAAGCUCUUGUCCAGAAGAGUGUGUCGCAAGCCUCGUGAUGAGGACUCUGAGCCCGCGUUGCUUGAAGCCUCGGAAUUUGGAGAAGCCAUCGCAGCUGAUCACAUUCAUGUGUUCAAGUCACUCAGCGACUCCAACGCUCCCGGAAGAGAGUAUGUUGUGUUCGAGCAGAUCUCGUUCUGCACUCCUUGCCUGCCCUCAGCCUUGCACUGCGUUGUGUCAGUGUACGGCUGCUCCCAAGUUGACAACAGCAUCCUGGCCUUUAAGAACUCCGCCGACUGGGCCAUUGCCGCAAUGGGUCGAGUGGAGUCGGGCGGGGAGUGGUUCCGGAGGUUUCACAUCUUCCUGAAGGACGAAGGCAUCAGUGAGGCGGCGCGAAAGAUGGCCACCGUGGAGCUCUGGGAGCGGAGCGCCACCAUGGAGCCCUACAAGGGACGUCGAUCAGCUUCUUCACCAACUUCAGCAAGGAGGUGUCCUUGGAGGAGCUCCAGACGAUCAAGGAGGACAUCCAGGAUGACUGCUCGAAGACGGUCGAAGGCCGCGACAGCCGAUUUGCCAAGUUGGCGAACGUCUCGGUUUUGGAUGAGAAGCAGAGCAUUCUGA